CACACGCAGAGAAAAAUCCAGAGAAGAACUGAACUGCGAAAUCAAGUAAAGCUCGUAACGUUAAAGAAGAGCUGCUGUUGAAAAACAUUCAUAAUUACUUUCAGCGUUUAAUUCGGUUGUCGGUUGAAGCAGGUUAAUUGUCCUCCGUGAAGCACACGCCGAGAGGACGACCAGACGACUUGUUCGCGUGAUCUGUAAACUCCAGCGGGAAUAAUGGCCGAACCAGAAGUGAACCCAAAGGCGUACCCUCUGGCUGAUGCUACUUUGACCAAAACCAUCCUGGACUUGGUACAACAAGCCGCCAAUUACAAACAGCUGAGAAAAGGAGCCAAUGAAGCCACUAAAACUCUGAAUCGUGGCAUCUCUGAGUUCAUCGUGAUGGCUGCUGAUGCGGAGCCUCUGGAGAUCAUUCUUCAUCUGCCUCUGCUGUGCGAGGACAAGAACGUCCCAUAUGUGUUUGUGCGCUCCAAGCAGGCCUUGGGCCGAGCAUGUGGGGUGUCCCGCCCUGUGAUAGCCACCUCAGUCACCAUAAAGGAAGGCUCACAGCUGAAACCUCAGAUACAGUCUGUGCAGAUGGCCAUUGAGAGACUGCUGGUCUGAUUAAGGCUCUGGGAGCUCAUCAGUCUGUAUAAUUUGUUAUUUUAUACAGCACGUAUGCUUAUGGUUUGGCCUCAUCUGUUUUUUUCCUUAUUUCUAAGAUGGGAUACCACCAGGAUCCCAUCAUUUCAUUUUAUUCUGUUUUCUUUUUGUUCAAAAUGGCCAGAUUUUAAAAUGUUUACUGUUUUUUCGAAACAUUUAGUGCUCACCUGGAACCAUGUAUACAUUUGCUUUUGCUAGCUGUUUAACGGUCCUGAAAGCUGUUCUUUUUAUUUUUUUAUUGUAAAACUAGUAGUAUGUCAACAUGGUGAUGCAUACAAGUCUACAUGAAUCUCCUCUGAUGAAAUGUAUUUUCAUAUUUGUAAUAAACACAAUUCUCACCUA